UAUGCGAUUCGUCGGUGUAACAAUCUUACUGCUCUGGUCUUUGCAUUUUUCACUCGUAGAUAUGAGCUACAGCCCCGUACGCAGCAGGGUAUGCAGAAGAACGCGAGGUCGAUACAUGUGUAGACAGGAAAACACUUGGGGUUACAAUGAAUUGACACGCACUUGCUAUAGGGUGCCCCAAUAUAAGCAGCCUUGCGGUUUCUUUGAUGGCCUUAAAGGGUGCCAGGACUUCUGUAAUCUACAAAAACUUCCUUAAACAUUUAUUAAGUUAGCUAUAGAUGGAUGUCCCCAUUAGUGCUGCCACAAACUUCGAUUUAAUUCCGUUUUUUUUUAAUGAGUAAUGAUUUAGUUUUCAAAAUAAUAUAGCGAAAAAACUGUAAACUGCA